UCCUGUCUAUACAUGGAGCUAAUCUGCCUACCAAAUUUCGAAUCAAAAGCGCGAAUCUUGCAUUGCAUCUUCCUCAUAACAACACAAACGGCUUUUUGGCCUUCGUUUUCCUUCUCUCUGUAUAUCUGCUUCCGCUGAACUUAAACCCUAUUCUGGGUUCCUAUCCUUUUCGAUCCCAAACGGAAUUUGAUCAAAUUCGGGUGGAAUUUAUCUCGUUUCCUUGACUUUUCCAUUUUAAAUGGAAAGAGAUGGGAAUUAUGUUAUUGCAGGCGAUAAAUGUCAACCUGAUGCUCUGCUAGAUGGUGAAUCAGCUAUCUCGAGCUGCAAUGUAUUCUUAGAUCAUGUUGGGGAAGUCACCCUCGCUUUUAAUUCAGACGGGUUAUCUUGGGAAGCGGUUGAACCGUUGGUUAAUGAGAGUUCAACCUGUUUGGGGAUAAAAUACAUUUCUAAUGCUGCUACGGCAAUCAAACUUUGUGACAUAUAUGCUGCUGAGUUUACUGGUUAUGGUCUGGUGCAUUUAUCACGUAUCUCUCGUGCCAUGAAACAUCUUCUUAUUGGGCAUGAUGCCAAGAUGUAUCGUUUUACGGUGUAUGGUGUCCUAAGGAAUGAGAUUCAGCCUUCUCUAUUGGUCCCUGUUAAAUAUACUUUUGGCCAUAAUAAUAUGCAAACAUGUCAGAUGUGGGUAAAUCGGCUUGAUUCUUCCUUGAACCUCAAAGUUGAAAGGCCAAAGAAUCUCAUGGUUUUUGUUCAUCCAAGGAGUGGGAAAGGACUUGGCUGCAGAACCUGGGAAGCUGUGGCUCCUAUAUUCUCUCGUGCUAAAGUGAAAACAAAGGUAGUUGUAACGGAGAGACCUGGACAAGCCUUUGAUGUGAUGUCCUCUAUAACAAACAGGGAGCUCAACUCUUAUGAUGGUGUCGUAGCUGUUGGUGGUGAUGGAUUUUUCAAUGAAAUCCUUAAUGGGUUUCUUUCUACCAGGCUAAAAGCUCCGAUCCCACCUGCUCCAUCGGAUUUGGUUCAUUUGGUUAAAGAUGGUCAUAGUUCCUUGGUUCAUGAUGGAAAUGAAGCAGUUGAGGAGAAUCCCAAUCAAAAUGAAGAACAUCCUCUUAUUUCAAGUCCAAAACAAAUUGGAUCCAGAAUUGCAAAUUCCAACUCACACCGUCACAAAAGAAAAAGAGAAAGGGAACGAGAGCAGAAGGAAACUUAUGGGGAUAAUUUUUUGGCUUUUGAAGAUUCAGCAGAUCAAGAUCCUGAGUUUCAAAUCCUCAGUGAACGUUUUAGAUUUGGAAUCAUCCCUGCAGGUUCAACUGAUGCCAUUGUAAUGUGUACAACUGGAUGUCGAGAUCCUAUAACAUCAGCACUGCAUAUUGUUCUUGGCAAAAAGGUGCACCUUGACAUAGCGCAAGUUGUAAGGUGGAAAGAAACACCUAAAUCUGCAGUCGAACCUUGUGUGCGCUAUGCAGCUUCAUUUGCUGGGUAUGGAUUCUAUGGUGAUGUCAUCACAGAGAGUGAGAAAUAUCGCUGGAUGGGACCCAAACGCUAUGAUUAUGCAGGGACAAUGGUGUUCUUAAGGCACAGGUCAUAUGAGGCUGAGAUAGGUUAUCUAGAAGUUGAUUCAGAUAGAUCCGAUCCGACUUUCAAGGGCAACAAUCAAGGUAGUAGGGUACAAGAUAAAAGAAGUCCAUAUAGACCAGAAAGAUGUAUCUGCCGUGUCAAUUGUAAAGUUUGUAUGCCAAGUCACAUGGCUUCAGGAAUCUCUGGCCCAACCCCUUAUUUGAGUACAGAUAAUGCCAAAUGGAAUAGAUGCAGAGGACGUUUUCUCAGUGUCGGAGCCGCUGUAAUCUCUUGCAGAAACGAAAAAGCACCUGACGGUUUGGUGGUUGAUGCACACCUUUCAGAUGGUUUCCUUCAUCUUAUAUUAAUUAAAGACUGCCCUCACGCCUAUUAUCUUUGGCACCUGACCGAACUUACACGAAGAGGUGGAAAUCCCUUUAAUUUUAAGUUUAUAGAGCAUCAUAAAGUUAGUUUUCUCCUCUUCUCCAUUUACUCAAUCUCUCAUAUCAUGAACGACUUCCUAAAUUGGUUUAGCAUCCUCAGACCCCAGCAUUUACUUUUACGUCCUUGGGCAAUGAGAGCGUAUGGAACGUGGACGGUGAGCGCUUUCUGGCACACCAACUCUCGGCGCAAGUGCUCCGUGGCCUUGUUUCCUUGUUUGCAACUGGUCCUGAAGUCUAGUGUCUGAAAUAGCUUUUUGCUUGAACUUGGUUUUGGCUAAGGAAGCCAUGAAUCCAUGAUGAAUUUAUUGUAUCUUUUGUAAUUUGUAGUGUAAAAACUUGCUCUGUAUAUUUAAAAUCAUGUUUAGGACCUGUAACUGUAAGCAUGAAGGGAAAAGUUUUUAGCACAUGAGUAUUUUUCCAGUGAACUCUUCAAGAUUCUAUCUAUAUUUAUGCUUGGAAUCCUGAGACUGAAUAGAUCCAGGUGUUGAGUGCAGAACUUAUUGGCAUUGUUAAUGAGAGGUUGAGGUCUUGCAUUUUGAUGUAGGCAUUUUAGUGAAUCAGUACAUGUUUUUACUUUUCAGUGGCUAUUGUAUCAUUAUUGAAUAAAUGUUAAUUUGAAUGAAGUUUACGUGUUAUUUUA